CGCAUUUGAGAGUGCGUUGUAGGUCAUUCGAUUUCCGAGGCGCCCAGGACAAUUAGUUGACUUUUGACUGCGUUAUGCAGAAUGCAUACCUUAAGUCCGGUCAUUUCAUAAUAAAACGGGCUGUGAAUCAUAUUGGCUACCCCUUAUUUUCUGCUAACAGGCGGUAUAUUCUCUCCCCUGCCGUACCUAAUAAAUCCUUCAUAUCAUGUAAUACAUGCAUUUCGAUAACAAAAUGCUACGUAAAUUCCUCCUCCAAGAACACCGGUGAUUCUCCCAUUGAUAAAGUGAACACAAAGGUGGUUCCGAAAAUAAAAACAAAUUUGUUCUACGACGAUUCUGUGAAGUCUGUAAAAUAUAUAACUCCAUUAAGAGCGUUGAGGGAAUAUAUGCUGACAAAACAAGAUUUAGAUCAAUUACCGCGGUAUUAUAGCCGAAGCCCGUAUGGGAAUGAAACCAAAACGCUCGUUUUCUUACGUUCGGAUGUGGAACAGAUGGCAUAUUCAAAACAUGGUGGUCAUGACGUCUUUGAGCUUCGACGGAAAUUGAUGAAAGAUAUGGAAAGAAGGACAAAGUCAGAUAUCUUUAAUAUGAAGAAGGCUUUAAAGUACUUACGAAGCGCAGUUGAAGCCAAAGCAACUGGGACACAUCAGGUCUUCGUAGAUAAACGACAAAGGAUGUUUAAAUCAGGUCCCGGUCGUGUCGUUCUGUUUGCCAUAGCAGUAAACAGCCUGAAUGUUGCAGCCAAAGGUUUCGGUUGGUGGUAUACUGGAUCGAAGAGCAUGUUUUCCGAGAUGAUGCACUCACUUGCAGAUACACUGAAUCAGGUUCUGGUCGCUUACGGUCUAUACUCAUCGCUACAAAAGCCAGAUGAAACUCAUCCAUAUGGUUAUAUCCCUAUGCGUAAUGUGUCAUCCCUGAUUAGUGGUGUAGCUAUUUUUUUCCUUGGUGCCGGUCUUACUUUUUAUCAUAGUGUACACGGUAUUCUACAACCACAUGAGUUUGAAUCUGUCAAUUUGGGCCUAAUGGUUAUGCUUGGAUCGCUUCUAUCUGAAGGGAGCACAUUGGCAUUUGCGUAUCGUGAGGCUGCAAAAAGUGCAAAACGUCUAAACUUUGAUUCUGUCAGGCAUUGGCUGUUUUCAGGAGUUGAUCCAAGCACCAGUAUGGUUUUGCUGGAAGAUUUGGCCGCAGUUAUUGGUGUCCUGGUGGCAGGUUCUGCUAUGGCUGCAACUGCGUAUACUGGGCAUGUGUUGCCGGAUGCAAUUGGAGGGAUAUGCGUUAGUGGGAUUCUUGCUGCAGUUGCUGGUCUAAUUAUACAUACGAAUACCGAAAUGUUAAUUGGAAGAGCUAUUCCUGUUGAAAAUCAAGAAGCUAUUAUGCGUGUAAUAGAUAAUGUGAAAAUUAUCCGUGGGACGUAUGACAUUAAAGCUACAAUGAUUGGCGGUGAAGAGAUACGAUUCAAAGCAGAAGUAGAUAUUGAUGGUCGUGAACUAACUAAACGUUAUCUAGAGACUUUAUCGUUGGAUGACCUGCUUCAUGAGGUGCAAAAUGUGAAAACUGAGCAACAGUUGGCUCAUUUCAUGUUAAAGCAUGGCGAUAAUUUGGUGAAUACACUUGGAGCAGAAAUUAAUCAGAUUGAAGAAAAAAUUAAGAAAGAGUUUCCGAACGUCACUCAUAUCGAUAUUGAGAUUAACUGAAAGCGACUUCUUUUGAGAUUUCAUCCCGCUUUUGUCAUUAUAUUCUCCUCUUCUGUAUAUUUUGUAGCUUUUCUGUGAUUUUCAGUGAAUGCUGUACUUUGUUGAUGUGCAAAUGAAAAUGUAAAUAUACAUAAACAUGAACUGUUCACUAUAAAUCUACAGAACUCCAUAUAUGACCAUACUAAAUAAAUUAUUUUAAAAUCAAG